CUGGCUACUGUCCGCGCUGCCUCCACCAUGAGGGUCACCCCUGGCACCAGCCUGGGUCUCUGCGCCCUGCUGCUGCUGUUCCAGUCCCCACUUGGCCUUGGCCUUGUCCCCCAGUCCAGAGGGCACUUCUGUAGGACACGGCCCAGGGACCUGGUGUUUGUUGUGGACAGCUCGCGCAGCGUGCGGCCCGUGGAGUUUGAGAAGGUGAAGAUGUUCCUGUCACAGGUCAUUGAGUCGCUGGACGUGGGGCCCAACGCUACCCGGGUGGGCGUGGUCAACUACGCCAGCUCGGUGAAGCAGGAAUUCCCUCUGCACGCCCACGGCUCCAAGGCGGCGCUGCUGCAGGCAGUGCACCGCAUCCAGCCGCUGUCCACGGGCACCAUGACCGGCCUGGCCCUCCAGUUCGCCAUCACCAGGGCCCUCAGCGAUGCCGAGGGCGGUCGCACCAGGUCUCCUGACAUCAGCAAGGUGGUCAUCGUGGUGACGGACGGGAGACCCCAGGACAGCGUGCGCGAAGUGUCUGCGCGGGCCCGGGCCAGUGGCAUCGAGCUAUUCGCCAUUGGAGUGGGCCGCGUGGACAAGGCCACGCUGCGACAGAUGGCCAGCGAGCCGCAGGAUGAGCACGUGGACUACGUGGAGAGCUACAGUGUCAUCGAGAAACUGUCCAAGAAAUUCCAGGAGGCCUUCUGCGUGGUGUCAGACCUGUGUGCCACGGGGGACCACGACUGUGAGCAGGUGUGCCUCAGCUCUCCGGGCUCCUACACCUGUGCCUGCCAUGAAGGCUUCACCCUGAACACUGAUGGCAAGACCUGCAAUGUCUGCAGCGGUGGCAGCGGCAAUUCAGCUACUGACCUGGUCUUCCUCAUCGAUGGAUCUAAGAGCGUGCGGCCAGAGAACUUUGAGUUGGUGAAGAAGUUCAUCAAUCAGAUCGUGGACACCCUGGAUGUGUCAGACAGGCUGGCCCAGGUGGGGCUGGUACAGUACUCCAGCUCCGUGCGCCAGGAGUUCCCACUGGGCCGCUUCCACACCAAGAAGGACAUCAAGGCGGCUGUGCGGAACAUGUCCUACAUGGAGAAGGGCACCAUGACUGGGGCUGCCCUCAAGUAUCUCAUCGACAACUCCUUCACAGUGUCCAGUGGUGCCAGGCCUGGUGCCCAGAAGGUGGGCAUUGUCUUCACAGAUGGCCGGAGCCAGGACUACAUCAAUGAUGCAGCCAGAAAGGCCAAGGAUCUUGGGUUUAAGAUGUUUGCUGUGGGUGUGGGCAAUGCCGUGGAGGACGAGCUGAGGGAAAUUGCCUCUGAGCCUGUGGCAGAGCACUAUUUCUACUCAGCUGACUUCAAGACCAUCAACCAGAUUGGCAAGAAGCUGCAGAAGAAAAUCUGUGUGGAGGAAGACCCGUGUGCCUGUGAGUCCAUUGUGAAGUUCCAGGCCAGAGUGGAGGGGCUGCUGCAGGCCCUGACCAGGAAACUCGAAGCAGUGAGUAAGCGGCUGGCCAUUCUGGAGAACAGAAUCGUCUAAGGCUGCCUGGCCCCACUCAAGCGUGCCUCGGAGUCCAGCAUAUAUCCUCGGAGCCCAAGUUUAGUGUAGUAAGGUGGCUGCAGAGGGGUCAGGUGCUGGAGCCGCUUGAAGCCUCCCCAGCCCUUGCCACUGGGCGGCUGGAGCAGGAGGGCGCUGUCCGCGUGUCCUAAGAGUAUGCAGUGCUCGGCUGUGAGAGGAAGAGCGUGUGUCCACCUGCCUGCGAGAGCACAGGCAUGACUGGGAGAGAGACUGUGUUCGCAUUUUUGUCCAUCCAGAAGUUUAAUAUAUUCCUAUGUUUUUUUUAGCUGGCCCUUUCUUGACUCUGAGUGCUGUGACUCUCUUUACUGAUUUCUCUAGUCCCUGAUGAAAA